AUGGGCAAUAAAGUCAGCAGUAGUCACCGCAAGUAUAAAAGUCAAGACGUAUUCGACGCCCACGGUGGCGGUAUUAACGCCAUGGAAUUGAAUUACAAUCAUAAAUAUUUAGUCACAGCAUCGGAGGAUCGAACAGUUCGUGUCUGGUCAACUUUAACUGCCGAUUUACAUUUAAUCUUGGAAGGCCAUGAGCAUUAUGUUAGUUGCAUUUACUUACACGGCAAUUAUAUCUUAACUGGUUCAGCCGAUUCAUUAAUACACAAAUGGAAUAUCGAUACUGGUGAAUGCGUUACAACUUUCGUUGGCCAUGCUGCCUUAAUUAACGAAAUUAUAUGUUGGAAUGAUUGGAUAUUUUCUACCUCUUACGAUAGCACUAUACGUUGCUGGCAUUUUAUAGAUGGCUCGUGUGAAUUUGUUCUGCAAGGCCAUACGAGAAGUGUUGAUCCUAUUGUUAUAGUCCCAAAUAUAGUAAUAGAUUCCCGUAGCCUUGAUCUAUUGGCUACUCGUAUGCUUAUUACUGGAUCGGCGGAUAAAACUGCUAAAUUAUGGGAUUUACAGGCAGCCCAAGAAGUCGUUACCUAUCAAGGUCAUAAAGCAGCAAUAAUUUGCUUAACUGUAGAUCAUAAUAACAAGUACUUGUAUACUGGCUCAUCGGAUGCUACAUUACGAUCUUGGGAAAUAUAUACGGGACAACCAAUUAGCGUUUUCAAAGGGCACGUUGCAUCCAUUACAUGUGUCAAGAUGAUAAACAACUUUCUAUUUACUGGUAGCGCUGAUCAUACAACUCGAUGCUGGCUAAGCAACACUGGAUCUUGCCAUAAAGUCUAUAAUGGACAUUCACACAAAAUUUCAUGCCUUGAUGUAGAUAGGAAUAUUCUCUUCACUGGUUCUGCCGAUAAUACCAUUCGUGCUUAUGAUAUUGAUUCCGGACGAGUUAUUGGCAUAUUAAAAGGACAUUUAUAUGCCGUAAAAUGUCUUAAGGCAAAGUUACCAUACCUCGAUCGUUUAUUUAAGGCAUUUGAAAUAGCUCUAGGAAUGUUCCAAAUCUAUAACAAUACUUUAUACAGUGCAUCUGAGGAUGGAAGUAUACGAUCUUGGAAUAUUCGAAAAUUAAAUUGUUAUCGAUAA